GAUCGAACGGCUGCGGUUUUAGGUCUAACGGUCAUAUUGUGAAGAAGCGAUGGCGAUGGCGAUCGAAGGAGGACGAUCGCAUCUGUGAGGUACUAGAGGUCCAUUUCUCUCCUUUUGGAGAAUCAGGAGAUAUGUGACUGCGAAUCAGGGGAACUUAGAGGGAUUUGAUGGAUACGCCGGUUUCCAAGCGCCAAGAUCCGAGGCUCGACGCGGAUUUCAUCCUCUGGUGCCAGAGUCCGCUGGUUUUCACGUCGCCGGGCGGGAAUGUGUCCACCAGGGGCAGGAUUUCUCGCGCUGACAAGACGCAGAUUGAUAAGCCGAAAGAAGCUGCUCCACAGGCGUGCGAGAACGAUGAGAAUUUUCAUAGCAAGAUCAUUUGUGUCUCCCUCCCGCCUGGACCACUGCUGCCCCCACGCUUGCGGAGCUCGUUGUCGUCGCAAAUCACACCCUUGAAGGCAAGCAACAGGCAAAAUAAUGUUCUAUUCCCUUACUCGCCGUCGAUCGACUUUGAGAAAACGUCGUCACGAACAGCUUCCAAGCCUCUCCGAUCGAAGCAAGCGGUCUUGCGGCCACCUCUGUCCGGAAAGAAGAAAAACAAGCCAGUCGACUAUCCUGAAGCAAUGGUCGCGAAGAGAGAGAACUCGCUACGGUCGCAGGAAAAGCUUUACGUGAGCUGGUUCAAUCUUGUUCUGGAACAGGCGGUAAAGAAGGCUGGUGUAGUGACACCACAAGUUGGCAACUUGGAGGAGAUUAAAAAGAAUGAUUCGGGAAACUUGGACACAGGACUAGAGCAAGCAACGUCUUUCAGAUCCAACGGGGAAGCUAGAGGAAGUGCUUUGACGGGAAAGGAAAAUGAUAGCCUGCGAACACUGUUUACUCUAUCAAGUUUCCGGCAACGUCUGAGCACGCAGUUUGAUCCAGUAUGUCGAGAGGAGAUUAUUUCCAUCAUGCUUCAAGUAGGCAAGCGUAUAGAUGACGGAAAAUUGAGGAUGAAAGAUGGCUGUGCUGUUCUUGCUGACGUCGGACUGCGGAAGAAAGCCGUCGAUGUCCUCUUGGGCUUUUCUCCGCCGUGGCUUAAGCUGGGGCUUUAUAUCGUACUCGGCUUGAGUUUCGGAAGCGACGCUGACAAUAACGACGCGAGAUACUUAGAAAGCAUGCUCGAGCAGGAAUUUUUUGUCCAUGCUGGAAUUGCAAAAUGCUACUCAACCAACAAAACUGUUGAAGGACUAUAUCGGCAGGGUUAUCUCGAGGCUCUUGGACGGGUAACUCUUAAACGGCUACUCAUUUUGGUUCUAGUACUCGAUCGACUCAAGUGUCAAACUGCUCUACAAAACGACCGUGGUAUAGACGGCCUCGAUGGCGGAUCAAUCCUUUUGUUUCGUAGAGAUUCGGUGAUCAAGUCGAGCCGUCAGGCAUUGCAAGAUAUUUUAAAAAACGCUAUGCAUGGAGAAGGAGAUCUGAUGGCUCAUCUGAGCACUGUAGGCUAUCGGUUGAUUCAUCUCCAGACUCCUUUGAUCGAGUUCAACUUUCAAAUUACAAGUUUCAAAGAUUUUCAAGAUGGCGUUCGACUGUGCAGAUUAGCACAAGUAAUAUCGGGCGACACUUCCGGUGUAAAGAAAAUCCAGCUACCGCCAACGCUUAGGAAACGGCAAAAGCAUAACUGUGACGUUGCGCUUGAAAUCCUUUCUCGAGCUGGAGUUUCUCUCGAAGACGAACAUGGAUACGCAAUUUCUGCGGAUUUUAUUGUUGACGGGGACCAUGAGAUAAUGCUCGCCCUUGCCUGGAACACUCUAAUCCAAGUGCAGAUACCACAUCUUUUAAGCAAGGAGGCGCUUGUACAAGAAAUUGUUCGCAUAGAAUGCAAAAGCUCCGAGUUUCCAGUUGAUUAUUCGUCUUUGAACUUUUCUGAUCUUCUUUUGAAAUGGGGAAAGAUGAUAUGCAAAUCAUACGGUUUCGAGUUACAAAACUUCAAGACGCCUUUUUUUAUUGAACGCGCGUCAUGCUACCUUAUCAAUUUUUAUCUUCCGGCAUGUUUGCCUGUAGAAGCCUUCGAGCCCUCUCCAGAGUCCAAUGGAUGUCCUUGUCACUUUCAAAUACUGUAUAAUGUGACUAAGAAAAUGGGAUUUUUGCAAGAGGUGCUAGAAUGUUGUAAUGGUGGCGCCAUAAAUUCCUUCUGGAUGGAGAAAAAUGCGAUUUUUCUCUUGGCACUAAUGUUCUCAAAGCUUGUUUGCGAGGAUCUCCAGGUGCUGAAGGAUGCACUUCAAUCAGAAGAGGUGACGAAAAUCCAAAGACUGGAUGAUUCAGCGAUACGUAUCCAAUGCUGUUAUCGAGGCUGGAAAAAGAGACGAAUAUACACUAAUGCCAGGCUAGCCGCAUGCAAGAUUCAGUGCUGCUGGAAGUGGUUUCUCUUUCGGAAGUCCCUUAAGCGUAAGAUCGAUGCUGCCACGAUUAUUCAAAAGACAUGGCGAAGUUUUCUUAAAGCAAGAAAAGAAGCGUCUACGCUGAGAAUAACAAACGCCGUGUUGCGCAUACAAGCAUUUUAUAGAGGAAGUACGCAGAGAGGACGUUACAGGAAGGUGGCUGAUUGUAUAGUUAAAAUUCAGGCAGCAUGGAGAAGCUUUGUUGCUCGCGGGAGGUAUUUCCUCACAAAACUCCUCGUUAGAAAGAUCGAACAAAGGUGGGAAGCAGUGUUGAGCAAAAGGACUUUUCGGAAACAACGAGCUGCAGUCACAGUUAUCCAGGCAAGUUACAGGGGCUGGACUCAUACGAGAAAGUACAGAAGGAUGAUCGAGAGUGCAGUUACCAUCCAGGCUGCAUGGAAAUGCUUUAGAGCCCGUCGAGCUUAUGUGCGGACAAGGUGGUUCAUCAGGAAAGUGGCGGCUGCACUGGAAUGCAGGAAGUUCCGUGAACAACGAGCUGCAGCAGUAGUUAUCCAGGGAAAUUACAGGGGCUGGAAAUGGAGGAAGAACUACAGGAAAAUUGUCGAUGGUGCAGUUACUAUCCAGGCAGCUUGGAGAUGUUUUGUAGCUCGCAAAACGUUCGUGUUGACAAAAUGCGCAGUUAGAAGAAUCGAGCAGAGACGGCGCGCUGUGGUCGAUCGAAGAACUUCCGAGAAAAGGCGCGCUGCAGGAACAGUAAUUCAGGCACAUUAUAAGCGUUGGGAUCAACAGAAGCGGUUGAAGACGACUUUGUCCAGCAUUCGAAGAAUUCAAGCAUCAUGGAGGGGCUAUGUCGAUCGUAGCUCAUACGCUUUGCUCAAGGCUCGCGUUGUUUCUGUGCAACAGCAGUGGAGACGGAUUCUAGAGCGCAGACAGGAAAAGAUGACCAAGAUACAGGCAGUUUUUCGUGGCUUCUUGGUGAGACAACGGAUAUCGAACUGGACGGGAGCUGCGACUCUGAUUCAAAAAUGUUACAGGAGAUAUGCUGCUCAGAAAAGGUUUAGCUCGUACAGGAACGCGGUGGUCCUUCUUGAAGCCCAUUACAGACGACGAAGAGCUCAAAGAAGCUAUUUGCGACUUAAGCUCGCGGCUUCCCACAUCCAAUCUUGUUUCAGAAGCUGGUUGGCGACCCGAAGUUUUGUUGUGAACUCAGCAGCCAGGAGAAUACAGUCGAGAUGGAAAAAACACGUUCAGAGGAAGAAGGCGGAGGCUGCUAACAUUGCACAAGCCGCUUACGAAUGCUGGAAGGCGAGACAAACAAGUAAAAAGAAAGCGUCUAGAAAUUUGGACGGAGCUGCAACAGUUUUGCAAUCCUAUUGGCGUGGAUUCUGUUCCAGGAAGCGCACUGGAUCCGAUGAAGCAGCACACGUUCAUAAGAGAAAGCAGGCCGCGACUACGAUACAAUCACGUUAUCGUGGAUGGAAAGCUCGCACUCUGCUCAAGAAGAUCCUUUCCUCUGCUAUUCUCAUUCAGGCCUUUUGGAAAGGUUACAAUACGCGGAAAGUACAAACCAACGAGCUAUAUCAGCUGCGACUGCGCAUUCAGUACGCUGCGGCAACUGUCGACUGCAACAUGACUCUUGGAAAUCGCCUGAACGAGGCUCUUGCAUUGCUCCUGAGUUUUAAAACUGUCAGCAGCAUUCUUCACAUAUGUGCGACUAUAGACGUAGCAACUCGUCACUCGAAAUACUGCUGCGACCGCAUCGCGGAAGGCGGAGCAAUCGGAAAGAUUGUCCAGCUGAUUCAAACAACCAACCGGAGCACUCCGCACGAGCAGGUUUUAAAGCACGCACUGUCCAUCCUCGGCAACUUGGCACGCUAUCCAGCUCUCGCUACGACCAUUCUCAACACUCCAACCUCUUUGGAAGUGGUCGCAGAGCAGCUCCAGAUGUCAAGGAACAAGGAGGAGAUCUUCUUCAAGGCUGUCGACGUCCUCAAGCUGGUUUGCAAGGUCUCGGCCGACGACGUUGCUCGCUCAAAACCCCUGGUUUUACGUCGACUGGAUCACGUCAAGCAGCUCCUGGAGCGCAAAGUAGACGCGGAACGCAAGAACUUGGAGAGAUUCUACUUGGGCGCUGCCGCACAGAAAAUCUCGGCCGAGAAGAAGCUCGCAGACGCUAAAUCGCAACUCCAGAGCGUAUCGUCCAUACUCAAAUCCUUGACAGGGAUCGAGAAGAAACCAUUGGGAAGAACUAAGUGUAAGAAUCCUCCCAGAUAGAAGUUAAUAACAGUAAAGGUAGAAAGGCCCUGUUUGUAAA